CUAAAUCGUUCAUGACUAAGUCUCGACGAUUUACUGGAGCAGAUUGAUGUGUAAAACCUCGUUAAAGCAUUUGUAUAUAUGGCUCCAAGAAGAAUGGAUUUAGUAAUUUAGAUUCAGUUCAUUUUUCAACUGUUAAAUGGCAUGUAGGUCAUUACCAUAGCAUGAAUAUUUCUUCUCAUAUUUGUUCGGUAUCAGUUAUGAAAAGUAAUGCAAUUUUGAGAAUGUAGAACCUAGAAUUAUCUAACUAGAAUUAUCUAAAUUCAAAUUUACGAUCAAAAUCACAUUGGGAUCCCCCCUCCCCCCCCCUCCCCUCCCUCCCCCCCAAGGUGACUUUUCCAUCCAUGUCUUUGAUGUAAUCCUCGGAAUUCUGCAAAAUUUCAAAAUCUUCAAAUCGCUUCAAAUCGCAUUUCCGGAACUCUAAAUUUCAAAUUUUCUCCGGGGGAGCCCCAUCGGUCUCACACCAUUGGCGUUCGCUUUUUAGUAGUAGGGUUCUUUCACUAGUCAGUGAGGAAAUAGGAGUAAGAAGCUGAUUUUGAAUGACAUUAUUUAUAUAUUUUGCAAUUUGAAAAUUAAAAGCCAUAAUUCACUUAUUUUGCAACGGCCUGGCCGUCGCCUAAUCUAGAUAACAAGUUUAGAAUAAAGAGGUUCUUUUUAAAAUCAUUUGAAUUCGAUCUCCCAAGGAGAGAUGAUGUAAAGAUACAGACAGCUUGUCUGCUAUUUAACAAUUAUUCGCCGAAGGCGAGUGAUUAUCGGUGAAUAAAAACCGAGACGAAGUCGAGGUUUUUAUUCACGAUAAUCACCGAGCCUGAGGUGAAUAAUUGUUUUAGUAUAAUUUCAUAGGUGAUUAUAUGGAAAAAAAUAAAAAAAUACACAUUUCUUCGUCAUUUAAUUGACAAAAAGGCUUCGGCCGCCAUUUUGAAAAUCGCUUAGGUGAUUAUCGCGUAAUAAUCACCUCAACGGCAACCAAUCAGCGUGGAGAAUUUUCAAUAAUCACCUAUGUAAUUAUACUAAAAGCAAUUAUUCACUUUAACCCAUUGCUAAAAGCAUUUUUAAAUUAAUUGAUAAUUCUCCGUAAUUUGGAGAAAAAAGAUAUUCGCUAUUACGCAUGUUGUGUUAUUGAAAAUAAUAAUUGUAUUUUGCUCAAGAUGUUUCGUUAUCUUGAUCGACUUGAUACCAUUGUAAUAAACCACAAAAAGAUCCUUGACCUUGCAGGACCUAGUUAACAUCUAUACGCUUCUCACGAAUCACGAAAGUAAAUGUUCACGAACUGUUACAACUAUCUACAUGAAAUACGAGUGUGUUUGUGCCACAAUGGAAAGUGCCUUUUAUCUGUACAUUCCUGUACGAGUUCCGACUUUCAGAGUUCUUGACUCCACCAAACACAAUGGACCUCCAAAUUCAAUUUAGAACUGAUAGAGCAAUGCAGUAUCAGAACUAUAUACUUAGUUUAGUUUUCAUUUCCUACUGUUGUGAUGCUGAACCACUAUCGAUGAGAAAAGCAGUUUAGCACUGAAAGAGCUAGCUAUCCAGUGAGUAUCAACAUCGACAUUAGCUGCGAACUUAAGUUAGUUUAGGUUCCUCCCGUUUUUAAAUGAUGACCCUUAUUGGAUUGCUGGGAGAACACUGAUGGAGUUGCCCAGUACAUAAAUAAAGUAUUUAACCAUUGAUGACAGUAGAGUGGAAACGAAAAAUACAAGAUCUAAAUAAAUAUCCUCUAGUAUAGUUUAGGUUUCGUCCUUCUAUAGUCACAAUGGACCACUAGAGAACAUGCAGUUUACAACAAUAAAUAAAGCUAUGCAGUAUAAAUAAUUUAAAUUCAAUUUUGUUGAAUUUAUUGGUUGCGCACAAGACUCAGAUCUAGAAAUAGUAUUUAUAAAAAUAUUGCCGAUUCACUGAUAUAAUAACCUUAAACAGAAAACAUUGUUUACAGCAACUUCUCUGCGAACAUGCCUGGCUCGUUGCAGUUUCCGCGUGUUUGAGAGCUUCGCAUGGCUCACUGACUCGCACUUUAUACAGACCCAACAUGAUAGAUACUUUAAAUAACAACAAUAAUGAAUUAACAGUUCCAACACUGUAUAUUUGUGGUUGCCUAUAUUCCAUAAUUAGCCUUUCUCACGAAGGCCAAAUUCGCCAUUUUUGAGGUACUUUUUUGAAAACGACAUGAAACAUCUAAGCGAUGUGAAAACAUUUUUUCAAAUAUUUAACUGUAAAUUAACGUAUAAUGAUUAUACUCACAAUUAUAGUUAUACAAAUCCCUUAUUCACUGCAUACAAUCUCAGAUUUGGAAAAGGCAGUACCCCAAACUGCCAAAGAGAGAAAGGCUAAUUCAGUCGCAAUUUUGUUUUUUUUCAGUAAGAAAGGAUUUAUAUAUUUUACGAACUCCAGUUCCGACUUCCAGUCACAAAGCUGAUCAUAGCAACUGGUGAUGCAUGCUAUACUUAUAAAUCUCCAUCUAAUAUAGGUUAAAGACAAUACAUUUCUAGUGAAGGUUUGAAUAAUUAAUGCAUUAAACAUGUGCACAGUAUGACCAGUUGCUGUGGCUAAAGCUGCGCCACUGCCAACUUCCUAGGUAUAGACAAUUUUUCUAUGAAAGAAAAACAGCUUAGUUGUUCAAAGGUUUUGAACUUGCUAGCCAAACUCAAUGACAAAUUUACUACGCUUCAUUAGGUUGUAUUUUUGUGAAGCAUUCAAUCUUCAAAUCGAGGUCACGUCAAAUAUAAUCUAUGAUCAACGUCGCUGAGCAAUAACUUCUUCACCGUAAACUGCCACGAAAGUUGAGAUAUAUCCGAAAACCCCCCUCUCAAAUGCGCCAAAACCGUCUAACCGCCAAACUAUAAUAGACCCCCUACUGCAUGAACGUGACGUGCUGAGCCAAUAGGACAAUCGAUAGAAGCUAAAUUUUCUUUCACUAAUAAAUCUGAAUUGUUAAUGAUUUUGCAGUUAUAAUGCGCAAAUCAAAGAGAAAACUGCAGUUUUGUUUUAGCUGUCAACAUGAUAGGUGCUCUCAAAACUUACUUAAUUAUCAAGAACAAGGAAACAGCGUGUUAAUAAAAUUCAUAAAUUCGGUGAGUAAAAUUACAUAUAUACUGUACUUCUCUUCUUAAUAAGCAUUAGCCGAAAAUUAUCUCGAUAAUGCAUGAAUCCAACCGCGUGCAUGAUAGCUAUAUAUACAAAUGCAGAAUAACCCUAUAUUUUUGUUAAAGAGUUAGUAAGUUAGUAAGUAUAAUAUCCAUGUUAGUUAUAGUUCAUAAGAUACUGUCUGUUUCGUAAGUUGAAUUCUGUAUCACACUAUCACUUAUUCAGAAUGCAGCACUUGUACAGUGUUGUACUCUAGCUUAAUUCACACGAAUUUAAAGGUGCACAUGACACAAAAAUUUUUUGUCCCAAAUUUUUAUGCAUCACUUGAAAGUACCUUGAAAAUGAUGAAGAAUGGCCUUAAAAAUUCAUUCACAGCUUAUCUCAUUCCCAAGUUAUGGGGCAUUUUGUGUUAUGACGUCAUAGGCCGUUUGCUGUGACCUCGAAAAGUGCCUAGAAAACGAUUGGAACUGAAAGAUUUUUACGGGAACUAACACUUUCGAACACGCUGAGUUCAAAUCCGAAAAGUUCCCGCUCCGUGGAACAAGGCAACAACAACAAAAUUAUGAUAUUAAUUUUAUGUCCAACUUUAUUUCAUUUUAGCUAUUCAAGACAUAUCGCCAUAUAAGUACAACAUGAAUGCAAACAUACAUGUAAUAUCCAACAUACGAAACUUGACACUUGACCCCAUGCCAUACUACAGGAACUCUCUAGGCCUCUCUACACAAGAUAAACAGAAUCUCCGAGUUUCAUUUAUUAUUUAGGCAGGACAAUAACACACUACGCAGUGAAAUGGAACGGCAAGAAAGGGCAGUGGUUUUGUGUAUUCUACUUUCAUUCCUUGGCCAUGGAAAGUGUGCAGAAAGAAAGUACUUUAUUGCCGCGGUUGAAGAGAAGUGGAACUAUGCACCAACGGGGACAAACCAGUUAACUGGCGUCUCAUUGGAUCAAGAUGAGUAAGUUUCACUUUGAUUUAAUCUUGAGCGGCCUGUGGCAGUGUGCGUUGUGGCAAUAAUGAGAGAGAUUCGGAUUGAUGGGGAUACAACUACCUGAGAGCAGAACUUUACAAGUUUUCCUUGUAUUUACAAGUUCACAAUUAUAGUUACAAAAAAAUACAAGUUCUCUGUGCAUUUUCAGGUUGUUGUAUCGCUAUCAAUCCGUAGCUUUCUACGUUUUACUAUCUUUGUUUUGAACUGCCUGAAAGAAGUGAAGAAGGCUUGCACGUUUCGAGACUUUUCCUUCACACACGAAGAGACUUCGUGAAACGACAAAGCUCUAUGUCAUAUGAGCCGGAAGACAAUUUGCGCAAUAGCAGGAAGUCCACAGAUACAUUCAGGUGUUUCGCGUUAGAUUGUCAUUAUAGUUGGACUCGAACACUAGUGUGUUCAGGCUAGCCUAAAGAGCAAGGCUAGCCUUCAUCCACGUAAUAAUACAAAGCAGCAUGGUUCUGAAAUGCAUUGCAUGCACGCCAGCAUUCCUAAUAAAUGUGGGAUUUUUUAUUCAGCUCAAAAUCUUACCACCCGCGAUAUUUAGUCUGUGGUGAAAUCGUAUUCCUAAUUAAGGGAUCGGUCAAGAAAACCCGCUCAGUUUAUUGACCGUCACACGCGAAUAAACGAGAAUAAAAAAGCUGUAAUUUUGCAAAUAGAUGACUCUCUAAAACAGUAGCUGUGGCUAUAAAAGUUAGAAAUUAUUUACUAAGAUCUAUUCUAGUACUGAGUGUCAUGAUAUUAAUCAGACGAAUCAAUUAUUUGUCACUUUGCUGCGCAAAACGCCGAAAUACAGUCAUCUAAACUACAAAAGCCAUUGAAUACGUCUAAUCCCUUAGCUUUGCUAAAUAAAAUAUGCGAAAAAGACGUGUUUUAGCGAAAGUAAAAAAUUAUAUUGUGUUCGGUAUUAUCUUACCACUUAUGCCGAUUGAAUUCUUCAAGUGGUCCUUCAAGUAAAAAAUUCAAGUACUUUUUAAACGCGCUGAAACACUCCUUAUCAAUUUCAAAAGUACUUUCAUACCGUUAAUUAAUUAAUGAAAAUUAUUUCGUAAGAUCGUGUGGUGUCUGAGCCAGACUGAGCGCUUAAAAUGAUUAACCAUUCUUUUCCACUCGUCGCAAAAAUCAACUCGCUGCGAGUGCUUGCAUCCAAGUAAAAUAAAUUGUUGAGCAUUAGCAGUUACAGCAAGCCUAGGAGAUGCGAUGAAUGGUAUCUUGAGAAAACCCAGAGCCAGGAUUACCAUCACUUUCUCAGGAUUUUGCUUAAUAUAUCUCCUCACAGGUCUGCAGCUGUAUUCACUGAAAAUGAUCCUACAAAGACGAUAGGAAGGGAAUACAACAAAGUUUUAUAUCGAGAAUGUACUGAUUCAUCCUGUUCUGCUAUGAAAGACCAUCCAGCUUAUCUUGGAGUUCUUGGUCCUGUCAUUCGUGCUGAAGUUGGUGACACGUUGCAUAUUCACUUCACUAACCGUGCAAGUAGAAAUUACUCUGUGCACCCUCAUGGCGUAUUUUAUCGCAAGAACUCCGAAGGUGCUCUGUAUGAGGUAAGUAAGUAGGUCGGUUGGGUUAGGUAGGUAGCUGGGUAGGUAGGUUGAUUAUAUAGGUAGGUCGUAGGUAAAUCGUAGGUUGGUUGGUAUUAUUACUUGGUAAGGUAGGUGGGUUAGGUAGGUAGCUGCGUAGGUAGGUUGGUUAGGUAGGUUGAUGGUAAGGUACGUAGGUAGGUUUCAGUGAAAAUUAUGAUAUUAAAAAUGCUAGAUGCGCGGCCAGGAUUCAUAAUAAAGUUUGUGAAACCGCGUUCUCUGAUCGUAAAUUUUUAUUUAAAACACGAGCUUUCGAUUGCUAGUCUGCAAUCUUCAUCACUUUACCUGUCGAAGACUGCAGACUGGCAGUCGAAAGCUCGUGUUUUAAAUAAAAAAAUUUACGAUCAGAGAACGUUCCAGAAAUGUUUUUUGAAAAUUAUGAUCCAACUGAUGGUGGUCAACUUUGGUGGUGACAUUUAGGGGCGUAGCCAGCCCCAAACGAGUGGGAGGGGGUCCAUUCGUCGAAUACACACUAGCACUUGGUUCUGAAGAAAAGUGGGGGCCCCCAUUCCCCCGGUGGCUACUCCCCUGGUGAAAUUAAUAAGAGAAGGUGAACUAUAUUAUUUCUUUUCCACCAAAUAUAAGACUACUACAUGUAAUGAAAAGAAUGAACAUUAUUUUCCUACUCUGUCACUCUGAUAACAAUAUUUAUUGAAAUACUAUUUAAAACAUGAGCAAUGUUUUAUCAGAUAUAAAGAUACGAGGUGAAGCCGAGUAUCUUUAGGUCUGAUAAAACACGCACUGCGAAUGUUUUAAAUUGCUUCAAAAACGAUCGAUCGAGUAAGUUCAUUGGCGAAGUAAUUUUCAAAAAAUACAUUGUGUGAAGUCGAAAAAAUCAAAAUUAAAGUUUAUGUAAGGGAAAGGGAAAUCUCUAUCACAUAUAAAGAUACGACACGCUUAUGAUUUUUCUUUGUGUUUUCCUCAUGAAUUAAUGAUGAGUUUUUGAAACCAAAUUGCAAAACUGUGUUGUCUUGCGUAGGAUAAAACUUCAGGCGGAGAUAAAGAGGACGAUGGUGUGCCUCCGAAUAGAAACUACAUCUACAUUUGGCAAGUGAAAAAAGAACAUGGACCUACAGCAAGCGAUUCCGAUUGUUUGACCUGGGCGUAUCACUCGCAUGUAAAUCCUCAGAAGGAUGUUAAUACUGGACUUGUAGGUAAUGAUUGAAAGUAUUAAAUGUCGAAUGCGCCCAGGACCAGGGUGCCCUGGUUUACCCAAUUCUUGGGUGUCAAUUAUGUAAUGUUUAGGCAUAAUUGACUCAAAUGGGGUCAAUAGUUGAACUGAGGUGAACUAAAACAACAAGGAAACAAAAUGGCUGUCAAUGCAUCUUAUGUAAAUGAAUUCUCCGACGAUUAUGAAAAGCAAUAUAAAACAAUAUAAACGAUAUAAAAGCCGUCCUUAAAUCUUGACACAGACCCUUGACCCGCACGUGACGUCAUAUGACACGAGAAUUGACGAAGACUUUUUUUUCAAUAUUUGUAUCUUGCAGGCGCGAUGAUAAUUUGCAAGAAGGGUACAUUUCAAAACAACAAGCAUAAAGACAUAGAUAAAGAUUUCGUGAUAUUGUUCACUGUUAUGGAUGAAAAUUACAGUUGGUUGUUACAGAAAAAUAUCAAAGAAUAUUGCCCACAAUUCAGUUCAUCAAUAGAUGACGCAGAUUUCCAGGAAAGCAACAAGAUGCACGUGAUCAAUGGUUACUUCUAUGGCAACACACCGGGACUAGAGAUGUGUACUGGGGAUAGAGUGGACUGGCAUAUGUUUGGUAUGGGGACAGAGGUGGAUAUACAUACAGGUAAGAUUGUUGUAUACCUACAUAUCCCACAUUAUCAAGAUGAUUUUGUAUAAGCACUAUCGUGCAACAGAGGGUGAUCAACCUGUAGUUAUCAGAGUGAGAAAUUAAUGUUGAUUCUUUUGAUUAAGCGCAGUGAGCUUCUAUAUUUGAUCACAAAUAAAUACAAUUUUGAGAUUCAAUUCAAUUUCCUUGCUCCAUUGGUGUCAGGGUCGUAUCUAGACGCAAUAAUUGGGGUGGGGGUAGUAUAUUCAUAUAUUCAUGUUCACAUACCGCAAAAACAAUCGCUUUCAAAAGAAAUCCGUCGGGCAGAACACGAAUAUAUUAAUAUACCCCAAAUUAUCGCGCUAGGAACGGCCUGAUUAAAUUUUCUAAGUUAAUUAGAAAUCUGCUAGAUUUUAGCAGAUCACAUGACCAGUGUCUACCAUGGGUACGAGGUUGAAGAUUACUACGUUCACAAAUUUCCCACUUCUGAUAACUGUGGGUGCUGCAGCACGAUGGUGCCUAGUGAAACUGCGUAUGAUAACGUUGUUCUACCUUUUUCAACAUUCACCACAGCUGUAAAACUUGGACUAUUUUAUUUUCAUUAUUCAGCUUUCUUUCAUGGUCAGACAGUCCAGAUAGAUGGUCAUCGUAAAGAUGUUGGUUCAAUGUUUCCCGCCAAGUCAAGCACAGCUCAUAUGACCGCAAUGAAUCCUGGUACAUGGCUUCUAAAUUGUCUGGUCAAUGACCACUACUCGGCUGGAAUGUCCGCGUUAUUUAAUGUCACCAACUGCCCAGGAAAGACUGUGCCCAGUACCAAACCGCUGGAUGGGAAGACAAGGAAGUAUUUUAUAGCUGCUGAGGAGGUCGUCUGGGAUUAUGCGCCUUCUGGAUUAGAUAAUUUUAACGGUGGCAACUUGACAAGUGAAGAUAGGUGAGGGCUUUCUAUUGACUGGACUGAUAUCUAGAGUUCAUUGCUGGCUUCACCCUGAAGCACUAUCGUGCAUCAAAUACACGCGUAAAAAUUAUGAGCCUGCUGUUUAACAGCAUUGAACAAUGUUUGCUUCCCACGUUGUCUACACUUGUCAACUAUAUUGAACAAUAUUUUUGAGCCUGAAUUGGGUAUGACAAUAUUGUUCAGUAUUUUUGAAAACUGUGAACAAUGUGGGCAGCGAAACAUUGUUCAAUCCUGUUUUCAUCAACCAUUGCAACAACCGGAUCAUUUUUAGCCGUAGUUGCCAACCUGCAGUUUUCAGAAUCAACAAAAUGUUAUUUUUUUUCAUUAUAUUGAUUGAAAACUUUAUUUCAAGAGGGUGACAGAUAACAGUUCGUAAAAACUGAUUAUAUGUGGUAGUUAGAUGUGGUAGUUAGAUGUGGUAGUUUGGUGUCUGAAGGAAAAUGAAUGAUAAUAUCUGAAGGCAAAUGAAUAAUAAUAUCUUUAAGCUUUACUCUCUCUAUAAUUACGGUAAUACCUUCAACAGAUUCGUUCACAUUUAUCUUUUUAUUUAGCAAGGGGCAUGAAUUUUUUGCUAAGUCAGACCAAUCAAUCGGUGGCAGAUACUGGAAAGCUCUGUACUUUGAACAUACUGACAGCAGUUUUAAUCAGAGGAAAGUUAAAGAAGAAUAUUUGGGAUUUUUGGGUCCAGUGAUCAGAACUGAAGUUGGAGACACCAUCAUUGUCGAAUUUAAAAAUAUGGUGAGGUGGUGUGACGUAUGUUUCAAAUUACAUUACCAAAGCAGUAAGCAGUUCAAGAGCUGGUUUUCGAAACGGUUCACUUUAUGCAUCAUAUAUAACUUCAAAUAUUUUCUUUUAGGCAUCAUAUAACUUCAGCAUACAGCCGCAUGGAGUAUUUUACAACAAAUCAAAUGAAGGUUCACUGUACAACGAUGGCACAUCGGGCAUAGCCAAACAAGAUGACUUGGUUAAACCAGGCCAGACAUUUGUUUACGACUGGACAAUACCAGAACAUGUAGGACCAACCAAAGACGAUCCUGACUGUCUCACCUGGGUUUAUUCCUCGGCUGUAGACCCCAUUAAAGACGUUUACUCUGGUAAUAUUACGAAUUUUUCAUCAGCAAAUCAAGAAAUCAGUACCGUAUCACUGUUUUGAUAAACGUACUUUUAAAAUCACUAAAUCACUAUGAUAAGCAGCUUCAAGUGAAGCUAUAUAAUAUGGCGUCUCAAAUGAAACACUUGAAACAAUAUUUAAAGAAAAAUUCAACGUAAGAGUUGAUUUUAUGAAGACAACGAAUUACUAAUUUUUUCUUUACUUGGUGUGUUUAGGUUUAAUUGGGCCACUCUUGGUUUGCAAGAAAGGAACUUUAGACAACAAUGGAAAACAGAAAAAUAUUGAUAAGGAGUUUGUUUUAAUGUUUACUGUUUCAAACGAGAACGAGGCUUUGUAUAUUGAAAAGAAUGUGAAGCAGUUUAUUGGGGGCGCUGCAGCAAAGUCUUAUACUUAUGGUAAGACUAUCUACGAUCUUGGAUAUAACUGGCUGAGAUUACCUUUCCGUCUAUGCAAAUUUUCCCCUUAUGAUAAAUUUCGUGUUGAAUCAUGUUUCACUUCUUAAGCUCCCGUUCCUCCAACUCAAUGUUGAGCUUGUGUCGUGGUAAAGUUGUUUCGGUGCUGUUUACACUUUACAACAUUGAACUGAGGGAGAGAGCGUGACGAAAUCGGUUUUCUUUAACUUUGCAAUAUUGGCUGGAAUGGACUCAAGGGUUGGUCCAAGAUUGUAGCAUAUCAUAUCUGAUCUGAUAUGGAUAGUACAAUUGCUAUUCUCAGUGAUAAGCAAAGAGCACAUUCUAUCCAGUUAUACAAAGUUUAGUAUUACUGUGUAUUGUAUUUGAAUGUCCACAGAUGCGGAAAAGGAGAACAAUCUUAUGCAUGGUUUAAAUGGUUUUCUGUUUGCCAAUCUUCCUGCUCUUGACAUGUGUUUGAAUGAUGAAAUUUCCUGGCAUCUGAUUGGUUAUGGCAAUGAAGUUGAUAUUCAUGGCGCGUAUUUUCAUGGUCAGACAUUUUUGAUGAAUAAAAAUCGUAAAGAUGCCGUUCACUUGAUACCAGGUAAGGAAAACUUAGUUGCAAUGAACAUGGAUGGCCCACAACUCUAAACUAUUAUUGGUCCAUUGUAACUGCAGGAGAACACCUAAACUCUGCAUAAAUUAGUGGCGGCGGAACGGGUUUUUUUUUUUUUGGGGGGGGGAGGGCUAAUUUUCAGCUACGUUGGGUAUCGUAGUUUUCCGCUAAGUGCAAACACGACACGCAAAACAUGAUCCAACUAUCACAGCAGCAGUGUAGGAAGAUAUUCAAAGUUAGUAGGUUGAAAACUAGGGGUCCAGGGGCAUGCUUCCCCGGGAAAAGUAGAAAAAAUUGAGGGUCGGAAAUGCCUGCAUUUUCUGGCACCAAAUUGAAGAAUUUGGACAACAAAAAAAGCUGCAAAGAAUUGCUUGAUAAAUUCAACACGGAGCAAUCAACGCUGGCAAAGCAUACAUAUUCAAACCUACAUAACCUGUUCUUUCAGGAUCAUUUGAGACAGUGAGAAUGAAACCUGACAAUCCAGGUGAGUGGGCUGUCGUGUGUCGUACCAAUGAUCACCAUGAUGCUGGUAUGGUGGCAAAGUUUCGAGUCAAAACAUGUAACAAAGUUGCACCCACUUCUGACUCGAGAAAAACGAGAACAUAUUACAUCGCUGCUGUCGAGGGACGCUGGGAUUAUGCACCGGAUGGAAAGAACAAUUUGAAAGGAAUUGAUUUAGAUAAUGAUGAGUAAGUAUUUCUGGGUUUCAGGUCUGGCCAGUAGGUGGUGGUCAACUUAUAAGGCAAAAAAUUAAACUGCAUCUCUCCAUUCUAUCAAAGAUGCUUCAUGUGAUGAAAAGAAUUCAUUAUUACGUAAACCCAGUGAGUCUUGUUUCUGCUGCCUGAUCUUAUUAGCCAUUAAUAAAUAAAUCUUCGUUGUUGUUGUUGUUGUUGUUGUUGUUGUUGUUGUUGUUGUUGUUGUUGUUGUUGUUGUUGUUGUUGUUGUUGUUGUUGUUGUUGUUGUUGUUGUUGUUGUUGUUGUUGUUGUUGUUGUUGUUGUUGUUGUUGCUGCUGUUGCUGUUGCUGUUGCUGUUGUUGCUGUUGCUGUUGCUGUUGCUGUUGCUGUUGUUGUUGUUGUUUUCUCACUGUUACCAGGUAUAACUGCAAGUUGACGAGCAUCUGCUGCACGCUAGUGCUUAGUGAACUUUUAAAAAUUUUCUCUCUGCAGGGAUGCGAUGGUUUAUACCAAGUCUGGACCAAACAGAAUUGGUCGUGUAUAUAACAAAGUGUUUUAUCGUGAAUACACUGAUGAGACUUUCACAAAGACAAAAACACACCCGGAGUACCUUGGAAUUCUGGGACCGAUACUGAGAGCUGAAGUUGGCGAGACGAUAAAAGUUGUUUUCAAAAACUUGGCAAGUCGUAACUAUUCCGUUCAUCCCCAUGGCGUGUUUUAUGAGUAAGUACAGAUUUUCUCCGUGGGGACUCUAGUUUCCUCUUGCUGUGACAGACAACCAAUAAAGGGUGGCCUUUAUACUGGACUAAUUCCCCAAUAAACGAUAGCCUUCACUACACCUCUAGUGAGAAUAGUUAGGAUGUGACAAAGCUUUCUAUUAUAAAAAAUAGUUCUGUUUAAAAGGUUAGCCAACUGUUUUACUCCAAUCACGGUCGACAAACCUUCCUACUUCUAACUAUAAAAAAUGUUGGAAUAUUUAUUUUUGUCUCAUUAGCAAGAAAAACGAAGGAGCUCUCUAUCUGGACAACACAACAUUCAAAGAUGACGACGCUGUUCCUCCAGAGCAGACUUAUACGUACACUUGGGAAGUUCCUGCCAGAGCUGGACCAAGCUCGAGUGAUAAUGAUUGUUUGACGUGGAUAUAUUACAGUGAUGUCAACCCAACGAUGGAUACAAAUUCUGGACUCGUAGGACCUUUGAUCAUUUGUAAAAUGGUGAGAAUUUAGUAGCCAGCAAAUAGCGGUGGAGCAAAUACAUCUAUCAGUUCCUAACUGUUCUGCCUAGAGCUCCAGAGGCAUCCCUUAUUGCUCCAGUGUUACUACAGGAAGAAGAAACCUAAACUAAACUAACUUUAUUUAUGCUGGAUAGUUGUGUCAGUUCUAAACUGUUCUUCCUAGAGGUCCAGUGAGGAUCAUCACUUAUUGAUCGAGUGUUACUACAGGAGGAAACCUAAACUAAACUAACUGUAUUGAUACUAGAUAGCUCUAUCAGUUCUAAAGAAUCAAACUGGAAACAUUUUUUUCACAUGCGUCUGAGGUGAAACUACAAUUGGAAAAGUGCAUAUAUCAUGAAUGAAACACCAGUCACAGAGAUAAAAGUCGUGCAUGAGCUAACUACUGUGGCACCAAAAAUCUAUAAUUUGACUCCAAUUUCUAAAUUUCAGGAUACACUAUCUGCAGAUGGAUCUAAAGUGAAAAACGUUGAUCAUGAAUACCCAAUCUACUUCAGUGUUAUGGAUGAAAACCUGAGUUGGUAUUUGGAUAAAAAUAUCAAAGAAUUUACAUCAAAUCCUGGCAGUGUUGAUAAAGAGGACGAAGACUUUAUUGAAAGCAACAAAAUGAACAUAAUUAACGGUCGAAUUUAUGGCAACCUGAAAGGGUUAAGCAUGGUACAAGGGCAGACAAUCAAUUGGUAUCUUCUCAGUCUGGGUACAGAGGUUGAUAUGCAUAAUGUUCACUUUCAUGGCCAGACAGUUUUAGCGGUAAGUCGAACAUGGUUGGUACUACUACAUUUGUCAGCAAUAUGGUCGGUUUCAUGAAGCAAUAUCGUGCUGCAGAUAGUCAGAUGGUUGGCAACUUCCAGUUGUCUGAGUGAGAAAAUAAAAAUUAUUUUUAUGAUAUGUGAUAAUCUCGUAUUUGGUGACAAGUGAAGUACAACUGAGAGCUGUACUUUAAUUAAGGCUACUGUUUGCAUAAACAGCGAGACAUGAAAUCAUAUUUUCAUUUCUGCAGAGAACAACAGCAGACCACAGAGAAGACGUGAUUGAUUUAUUUCCGGGGGUGUUCAUGACGGUCAAGAUGACACCGGAUAGUGUUGGACGAUGGUUAUUACAUUGUCACGUGAAUGAUCACAUGGUACAUGGAAUGGAGGCUCUCUAUGAUGUUGCAGGUUGUGUAGAAAUUCUGCCUGACUUUCACCUUCUUCUGGAUAUUUCCAAUGAACUAACUUUAUCUAGACUGGAUAGCUCUUUAAACGGUUUUAGUUAGGACAUUCCCUUAUUAAUCAAGAGCUACUACAGCAGGAAACUAACUAAGCUAAAACUAUUUAUAAUGGAUAGCUCUGAGCUUGUCUUCUUGUAGGUCUUGUUAGAGUCAAGCCUUGUUGGUCCAGUGCAAUGCCAAUGGUCCGCUGCAAUGGUCCAGUGUUACUACAAGUAGAAGGCUGAGUUCCCCGAAAAAACUUGUGGUGUUUCGUAGAGUGGAAGCUCUUUCUUCGCGACUGUGAAUGAAAUUACACACAAUUGCAUAUUGCAGGAAUCGAAACCAACCACAGAGAUGAAAGCCACAUGCACGAACCACCUUUAUAUCAAGCUCCCUUCUUUAAUUAGAUUUUCUUUUUAUAGAAACAGCACCAAUCACACCAAUGGCAAGUACAGAGAAACCGUCAUCAUCAUCAAGUCUUCUUGUUGUGAAUACAUUCAUUUUCCUUGCUGCCUAUUUCUUUUUUAUAUGUUCUGCUUUCUUUUGAACCAUUUGAUAUAAAACAUAGGAUAUCUAAACGUCGUUAACAUUGGUACAUUUUAUAUGCUGUAGUUAGCGAGGUAGUUAGCUACGUUUUUAUCGUAAAUGUUUGGUAGUGAGUAUCGUGUUCAAAAUAUGAAUAUAAAUAGUAAUUUUGUAUUGAUAAUCAAGGUUCAAUAUAAAUGGAUGUAUAGUGUUAUGGAGCUUUUGAACUGAAAACAAAUUUGUGUUAAAU